AAUACGUCGCUUUGCGGUGAUGUUCGUCCACUCAUAAUUAGGAAUACCUAACUGUUCAGUGUUUUCUUAUUUUGUAUGUAAAAGUUCGCCUGUGUAGUAUAUUUCUUUCGACUGAUUCUUCUACAAAGCUCAAAUGUGAUUUCAAGUGCGAUUAAAUCACGAUCAUAAAUAUUAAAUUAAAUCUGUCUUGUGUCGUGUACAAAUCUUGCCUUACAAUGAGAUGUGUCGAACCGCGACGUAAAUUGUAAUAUGCGGCUCUGCUCUCGGAAGGAAUAGUGUCGUAUAUUUGCACUUUACCCAAGUCCUUCUGAUAAAAUAGGAAUAUUUUUUGUAGCAGAUGAUCAUCGUCCGAAUCUCCCACCAAUCGCAAGUUUGAUUGCAACAAUAUGGCGUUCCAACUACUACUUCUCAGCGUCGGUGUCGCUGUUUUGGGCUUCCUCUCGCAUUUGGUGGUGCGCUACUGGCGGAACUACACGGCAUGGUCGAAAUCCGGUAUCCCGUACAUUCCAUUCCCACGGGACUGCGUUUUUUACCCGAUACACAAAUCUUUGACUCUCCAAAAGUUUUACAACGAGUUGGCGCCCAACCCCGUGGGUGGCUUUUACAAGAUGUCUCGCCCGGUUCUCCUGGUGCGGGACCCGGAGCUGGCCCGGAGGAUUCUCAUCACGGAUUUUUCACAAUUCAAAAUCCAUGACAAAGAAGUCAACGAAGAACUUGAUCCGAUGAGUGCGUUCAUCUUUAAUUUUGAAGGCGAAAGGUGGAAGACUCUGCGGCAGAAACUGAACCCGAUUUUCUCCGCGGCGAAGCUGAAAGGAAUGUGGUCCCAAAUGAUGGAGUGCCAGGAGGAACUCACGCGUUAUUUGGAUCGCUUGAUCGCGGAAGGGCGCGAAUUCGAAGUGAGGGGCGUCAUGAAGAAGUUCGCGCUGGACGUGAUCGGGACCUGCGGCUUCGGGCUCAACUGCGGCGCCAUCCAAGACGAGGAGAGCGAGUUUCGGAAAAUCAUGGACGGCAUCAUCAAAGAGUCGAACGUGUUCUUCUUCAGGAGCCUUUUGCAUUCGAUGGGGUUGGGCUGGGUCCUCGCGCUGCUCGAGGUCAAGAGGCUAGGCGACAAGACGGUCGAGGACUUCUUCUUCAAUCUCGUUCGAGAAUGCGUCAAAUUUCGAGCUGAGAGUGGGAACUCGAGGAACGACCUCAUGCAGCAUCUCAUUAACCUCCAGCAUGAGGAGCAGGAGAGUUUGAAGCAGAGCAACUCGAAUGCAAAGCCUUUAAUGACGGAUGCUGUUGUGGCGGCCAACACCUUUGAAUUUUUUAUCGAUGGUUUCGAAACGAGUGCCGGGACUUUGGCUUUCAUCUUCUACGAGUUGGCUUUGAAUCCAGAGGUGAUGGACAAGUGCAGAGAGGAAGUGAAGGCCACCCUCGCGAAACAUGGAGGGAACUUGUCCUACGAUAGUCUAAAGGAUUUGACCUACAUUCAGUGUGUCAUUGAUGAGGCACUACGCAAAUACCCUGCUAUCGGCAGGAUGGAACGGGUAAGCAAAGAUGCUUACGAGCUAUCCGAUAUAUCGUUUACGAUGAAGAAAAAUACGAUGAUCAACAUCCCCGUUUACGCCUUCCAUCACGAUCCUAAAUACUUUCCGAAUCCACACCGAUUCGAUCCCGAUCGAUUCAGCGAGGAAAACAAGCAUAACAUCUUACCUGGAACUUAUUUGCCGUUCGGAGAUGGACCACGCAUGUGCAUGGGGUUGCGUUUCGCUUUCAUGGAGAUGAAAGCAGCCAUUGCUUCACUCGUAAUGAAAUACGAUAUUCAGCCCUCGGAGAAAACUGAAGUUCCGCUGAAGUUUGCCCGAACAAACUUAGCGACAGCAGCUGCCAAUGGAAUUUGGCUUAAUUGGACGCCAAGGAAGAUUGAAAAUUAAGCCUCCGGCGGACCAGACUCGAAUGGAGACAUAUUUUACAGCUGUAACCAUUAUUAAAAUCCCGAAUAAAAUCCAAUUUUAUUUUUUUUUAAUCGAAAAAAA